AUAGUACUGAGGACAGAAGAGGGAACCAAGGAGGACCGUUGAUGGCCCCCAGGAGCAGUGAACAACCAGAUAGAGACUGUGUUGAGAAGAUGGGCAGAGUCAGACUGGCUUAGAUUUGGAUUUGGAUUUAGAAAGUGGACUGGGACCUGGGUUGGACUGGGUCCGACUUAAGCUGGGAUUGAGUCACAUGUGAGGCCUAAGUUUCUGGUGACCAGGAUGAGACACUCUGAGAUUCCACUUAUUCCAGAGCCUGCAGGCAGCAUCCUGGGAAAACUGGCAGAAGCCAGCAAAGGCACAUCUCAUCUUCUGCUCAGCCUCUGGCUUCAACCACUGAAUCUCAGACAUUCUUCAGCUGGGAAUCAGACAGAGGCAGAGAUGGAGGACCCAAAAGCCCAGCAGGACGUUUCCGUUUGGCAGGGAAUUCGCAUGAUGUUUUACGUGAUGAAGCCCAAUGAAACAAUAUUCCAAACCAUGGAAGAGGUGCCUGAUUAUGUAAAAAAGGCAACUCCAUUUUUCAUUUCCUUGAUGCUUCUUGAACUCGUUGUCAGCUGGAUUCAAAAAGGGAAGCUGCCAGGCCGUUUGGAUGAUGCAUUAACGUCAGUAUCAGCUGGUGUUCUGUCUCGGCUUCCAAGUUUGUUUUCCAGAAGCAUUGAACUGACCAGUUACAUUUAUAUCUGGGAGAACUACAGGCUCAUUAGUUUGCCUUGGGAUUCUCUAUGGACUUGGUAUUUGACCUUCUUAGGAGUUGAUUUCGGCUACUACUGGUUCCAUCGCAUGGCCCAUGAGGUUAAUAUUAUGUGGUCUGGACACCAAACACACCACAGUUCUGAAGACUAUAACUUGUCCACAGCACUGAGACAGUCCGUCAUCCAAAUAUAUACUUCCUGGAUAUUCUACUCUCCUCUGGCCCUCUUCAUACCACCUUCAGUAUAUGCUGUUCAUCUUCAGUUCAAUCUCCUCUACCAAUUUUGGAUCCACACAGAGGUCAUCAAUAACCUUGGUCCUCUGGAACUGAUUCUUAAUACUCCCAGCCAUCAUAGAGUUCAUCAUGGCAGAAACCGUUAUUGCAUAGACAAAAAUUAUGCCGGCACUCUCAUUAUAUGGGAUAGAAUUUUUGGGACAUUCCAGGCAGAGAAUGAAAAAAUUGUAUAUGGUCUUACACAUCCCAUUAAUACGUUUGAACCAUUUAAGGUGCAGUUUCACCAUUUAGUUUACAUAUGGACUACAUUCUGGGCCACACCAGGAUGCUUCAAUAAAUUUUCUGUCAUAUUUAAAGGACCAGGAUGGGGUCCAGGUAAACCGAGACUUGGACUGAGUGAAGAAAUCCCAGAGGUCACAGGGAAGGAAGUUCCUUUCUCAUCAUCGACAUCUCAGCUAUUAAGGAUGUAUGCCGUUGUACAGUUUGCUUUGAUGCUGGUAUUUUAUGAAGAGACCUUUGCAGAUAAAGAUGUAUUAUCACAGGCCACUCUUCUUCUAAGGGUUUGCUUCAUUAUCCUGACCUUGACCUCUAUUGGAUUUCUUCUGGAUCAAAGACCUAAGGCAUCUGUUUUGGAAACUUCCCGUUGCUUGGUGUUCCUAAUGCUGUGCAGACUCGGUCAUCUGAAGCCUUUCAUCCCUGCCUUGUCAUUUGCUUUUGAGAUACUUUUUUCCAUCUGCAUUGCUUUCUGGGGAGUAAGAAGUAUGAAAGAACUUGUCUCUGGCUCUUGGAAGUAAUUUGCUCAUACACAAAUCUCUUGUUUUAAUCUGUUGUCCAUACAAUAUAUUACUACUGCCUAUGGAAGUAUAAUUAUCUUAUAUAAUGAUUAUAUUUCUUUAGUGAAAGGUAAAUAUACCUAUUACUCUUAUCACUUUCCACAUUUAUUAUUUUCUAUUAAAAUUAAAUUCACUACAGUUACUUUAUUACUAGAGUUGGAAGCAAAUGGUUUCAAAUAUUAUGAUGUUACAUCCAGUGUAGCACCUAAACCAAUGAGUAUGAGAAAAGGGAUGGAGAAAAUUUUUUAAAAGUGAAAAGAAUGAAUAUUUCAUUUGCACUGAUUUUAUAAGGAUUUUUCCCUGCUGUUUGCUAAAUUGUGCUUAGAUACAUAUAUAUUUGCCAUCAUAAAAACAUAUUACAUUAGUUGUUUGCCUAAGGCUAUAUUUACCUUUAAAAACCACAUACCUAAAGGGCUACAUUAUAAAGAGAUCACUGAAAUGAAAACAAAUAGAAUUUGUCAGGAUUAAUAUAAUCAACAGAUUAAUUUGUGGUGCAUAUGUCAGUAUGUUUGCUCAGUUUGUUUCAGCAGGUUGAGGAGCAUGCAUCAUAGGUGUCCCCCGCUUUCCAAAAGUUCACCUUAUGCCACUUUGCUCCCUUUUUCCAAAAUUUCUUAGACUUAAAAUUACAAGUUAAGCAAUGGAAGUUAUAUGCACUAAAAUAAUUAAUGCCAUCCUUCAUUGAGCUUUGCCUAUAUUCAUCACAAGAUUAAAGACAAUGAUGUUAAUUAACCUCAUUUAAAAAAUAGGUUUUUUAGGCUUUGAAUAGAGAAAACUGUGGACCUAUUAUGUCCGACAACAGGAGUCUAUGUGGACUCCUCAUACAGAAUUGAAGUACAUUUAUUUUUCAAACUGGGAAAGCAGAUGAAGAUUAAAUUUUACAUGAUGGAAAAAUUAAAUUAUAUCUCAAGCCUUAAGAAAUAGGGAUUUGGCUUUGCUUCAGUCAUGUUUUUAAACUUCUUAAUUUUAACACAGAGUUAGAGCAAAUACUUAAGCAAACAACAAAUAUUAAACCCUACUUUUGUUCUCUUACCAACAUAUCAUGCCAGGCUGCAUAUAUAGAAUCAUGUUAAAGUAAGGAGCCCUCUCCUGGCUUGAAAUUAUUAAAGUUA